CCGAGAGCCAUCAAUCAAGGCCAUCGUACCUAGGCAAGAUGCCCACAACAAUCACUUCCAUCCCCCUUGGUCCUAUCGCCGCUUCGUCAACCACAGCCUCGCCGGCGUCGCCAGCCUCGCCAGCAAAUCCUACACCGCCCUCCGCUAGUACAACAGCGCAGCACCCAACGAUUCAAACUGCACCGCCAAGUGCACAACAAAUCCCAGGAGUUCAUCAUCACCCAUCUGUCCCUGCCAAUCCAUGGCAGCAGUCUGCCGCGUUGCGCGUGCUCAGGGUCUGGGGUAUACCACUCGCCACGGCUGCCGUAAGUGCCGCCGGGCUCGUUGCAGCGUACAUCGGACUGUCAAUCAGUCUCUGGACGUCUCAAAAAGAUUUUCGUGAUAAUUGCCGGAGUCAAAAUAGUACGUCGGGCUCCCUCAGUCAUGAAUGCCGGGCGGCCCUGUCCACGCCGCUUUCGCCACCUCCUUUCAUGAAUGUUCAUAUGGCAAACUCCAAACGGUGGCUCAAUUCUGCUGCUGAGGGGGCAGCCAACAUGCUUCAGACGAGAUCAGCCGCACAAGAAAACGUGAACAUCGCUGAUUCUGCGAGCCUUGCUUUUCGUGCGACUAGUGCUUCGACCUGUUCAUUGCUGCUUGCCUGGUUGGCCGUAUUCCAUUCCAAGCGAAAGGUAUCCAACAUGCUCUUGACAAGAUCAGCCGCAAAGGAAGUCCUGGAGGCCGCUGGUUUUGUGAUUCCUGCUUGGUUAGGGACUCUUGCCUGGCUAGGGAGUCUUGCUUGGUUAGGGGGUCUUGCCUGGCUAGGGAGUCUUGCUUGUUUAGGGAGUCUUGCUUGGUUUGGAGGUCUUGCUCAGUUUGCGAGUCCCGCUGAUUGCACGAGUCUUCUUGCCUCGUUCGCGAUUCUUGCUUCGUCCGCGAGUCCUGCUUUAUCCACGAGUCUUGUAUUGUUCGGUUGCUCGCUGAUUUGGUGGUUGGAGUUCCAGUGCAAGCAGGUGAUUACACGCUCCCGUCAGUCAGCAGCAAGCAGACUGUUAAAAGCGGUAGACGCAUUGGAAUCAUACGCUGUCGACGAAAUUCUGCGUACUGAUAUUCCUUCCAUGGAAGUUGUCUCCAAAGGCGGAACACAAGAUUUGCACUCUUUGAUCAAGGCCAAGUUACUUGAGUGCCCACGGGAUCAUCCAUUCCAUGAGGAGCUCAAAACAAUUCUGGCAAUCCGGGAGCAACUGCCAGUGAUCCGGAUCGGGGACACCAUCGUCCGAAGGCAUCAUAGGGUCGGUUUCGUUACCAACGAUUUCCAAGAAGAUCUUGCUAAUAGACAUGGCAGACAGACGGACGCUCUGACGCGGCAGGGGAAGACAUGUCUGAAUACGUACAAAGAGUCUGAGCAGGAUCGUGCCCGGACACCUAUGAGUACUGCGAGUACCGCGAGUACUGAGACCGAAUGA